AAAUAAUACAGAUCUCUCAUUCAUUAAUUUAUUACGAGUAUUAUUUUUAUUCUCCGUCGCCCGAAACGAAUAUUCACCGAAAUCAAGGGCUUGGCUUCUCGUGAUGAAUGAACAAUCUACACCACCGGCUAACCACUCCAUCCUUCCGGCAAAGAGAAGGCGAGGCCGACCGCGUAAAGACGGCGGCAUUUCUCAAAGAGUAUCUUGUCAGCUGGCCCCAUCACAACAGCCAACCCUCUCCCCAGAAGUUGUGAAGAAAACUUUGCAACCUCUUGAGGUGAACCAUACUAACAAUGGGGUUGGGAAAAUGGUUACCGGUGUGAUCGACGGUUUUUUCGAUGCUGGUUAUUUCCUAACCAUACGGGUCGAAAACGAUAACACUUUGUUCCGUGGAGUGGUUUUUCGACCUGGGCGGUUCACUCCAAUAUCCGCAUCAAACGACGUGGCACCGCAAACUAAAAUGUAUCACCGAAAAGACAUCCCUAUCCCGCCAAGUCCCAGCAUAUCUCAAGUUGAAAGCCAAGUACAUCAACUGCCACCGCCGACGGUCAAAGCUCCAUCCAAUCCUUUUUCCUUGCAAAUGACCAAUGCGCCCUUCGGUCAAAGCAUCACCACGGUACACCAGAGUCAUGAUCAAAGGUUUGAGAUCCAAAUCAAAUCUGACCAUAGACCGGAGAAUCUUAGGACGGUGGAGCAUGAUGAUGUCAUGCAGGUGUUUGAAAUCUCACAAGUACCCAAUGAAGAAGCUGGAGAUGAUGAACUCAUAUUGUCAGGCAGCUCGGAUCAUAAUCGAAAUCCAACGGGUGAGCCGAGGAGCCAGUUGUAUCUGAAAAACGGGCUGGUAUCUCCCAAUGGUGAUCCCAGAUCAUUUCAAGCUCCUCAUGGAGGAGAAUAUGAAGAACAUCUUAUCAACCAAAGAGACCAUAACAUUGAACAAAAAGGUCAGCAAGUGGGACACACGGAAUUGCCCGGAAAUGGAGGAGGAAGAAUGGAUGCUACGGAUGACUUUCUUGUUCCUCCACGACCAGACAACAACAUUCAGUCUCCCAAGGAAACUCAUCAUUGAUAUUUGAUAAAAUAAAAAAAGUCUUCCUUUACUCUCACAAGUUAAAUUGCUCGUUAUGCAUGUGAUAUAGUUAUUCUGCUUUUUUAAUAUGGGG